AUGCGACCUAUACUGGUAUUUCUAAUAUUUUGCCUUAUAUUUUGCAAAUGUGCCUUAAUCGAUCGACCCGAUAUGGAAGCAAUUUUAAGAGGAGAAUUCCACGAUGAAACCGGAGUGAAUAAUGUGGAUUAUGAAGACGAUUCACAUAAUUUAACAGAUUAUGCAAGUCGGAAAAGUAGCGAUGAUGAAUAUAAUCAAAAAGGAAAAUCGAAUAUUAAUAAAAGUGGAGAAGAAGUUGAAGACAAUUCGAAUAGUAAUGAAAAUAAUGUGAAAGAUGAUAUAAGUGAAGAAAGAGAACGAGAUGCUGUAGAUACAUCAAAUUUGAAAGCAAUAACAGCUUUGAAAGUCGAGAAAAAACAAGAUGAAAUUGUGACAGUUAUUAAUAAAGCUUUCAACGACAGGAAGACUUUCAAAUGUCCUCGGACAAAAACCGAACUGUUGACUGGAACAUCGGUUGCGGAUUUGAGUCCGGAAGAUAUUACAAUAAUUGCGGCGAUGGGUGAUGCAUUGGCAACGGGAAUUGGUCUUUGGCCGAAUGCGGAUAUUGAGUUUAGAGGAGCUUCGUUUCCGCAUGGUGGCGAUUCGACGAUUGAUGGAUUGGUCACGAUUCCGAGUGAGUUUUGAGGGGAAAUGAGUAUAACUUUUUGCCCUAAGAAUCCACGUCGCAAUAUUCUGAAUUUCAGAAAUUCUCACCAAAAAGUUUCGUUUAAAAAAUCUACACGGAAAACCUCAAAAAUUUUCUAGGCAUAUUUUAUAUCAAAAUGUUCAAAAUUUCGCCUCAAAUAAUCCAAUCCACGUUUUGCAGACAUUCUGCGUGAAUUCAGUCCACAUUUAUCCGGAGAAUCACACGGAAUGGGUUCAAAUCUUCCCGACAAUCAACUAAACACCGCUCGAAGUAAUGCAACUGUUGGCAGUCUGCCAUCACAAGCUCGAGAAUUAGUUCGACGACUCAAAACAUCGAAACCAAAUUAUGGAAGAGAAUGGGUUAUGGUAAUAAUUACAAUCGGAACUGAGGAAUUAUGUUGGAGUUGUCGUGGACCAGAUGAAUAUCCAAUUAAAGAAUCGAUUCAAUAUUUACAAACACAAAUUCCGAAAGCUUUGAUUGUUUUGUUGGGACCAUUACAUGUUUCGGAUGUUCAUUUGCAGACUGUGAAUUUGGUUAAGUUAGUGGAGUUUGGGAGAGGGCGAGGGGUUUGGAGAAUUUUAUACCAAAUAUCCUGAAAUCCACGUGGCAAAAAAUAUUGGAUUUUUGGCGGGAUAUUGUUGAUAUUUGAGCUUCAAAUUUUGCUAUGUGGAUUUUCAGCGAAAAAUUUUCAAACUAAAAUUAUUUCAUUAGAUAUUUGGAGACCCAAGAAUUCACUGAAAUUUUUAAUGUUUUCUUGGGAUUAUUCACACGAAACAAAUAGUUUGAAAUUGAAAAAAAUCUAAAUUAUGUUCAAGGUGUUUGAUUUUAAGAUUUGAGUUUUAUUUUAAGAAGAUAAAAAAAUCCAAAUCUCCUAUCCCAAAAUCAUAUCCACAUUAUUUUUUUGCAGAGAUCGUUGCCCAUGCUCAAAAAACAAAACCGAUGGCUAUAUGAUCGACAUUUAUCGCGAAUGGACACGCGUCUUCAAAAACAUUCAAAAUUUCGUCGAAAAUGGCGAAACUUCUCGACCAACUUUCGGAAUGGUUUCAUAUCCAAUGAUUACUGUCGUUUCUCGAUUUCCCAGAGGUCUUUUCAUUUUCGAUAAACCGUUUUUGAAUCGACGUGGACAUAAUUAUGCAACAAAAUGGUUGUGGAAUCGAUUGAUUGGAGGCGAUAAAUAUAAUUUAUCAUCGGCCACACUUUCACAGGAUAACUAUUUUUGCCCGUCGCAGGUUGGAUUUUGAAAUGGGGAUUUUUUAAGAAAAUUGCGAUUUUUUGACACCAAACAUGAUAUAUCUUAUAUUUUUAGCCUAAGGUUUCUAAGAUUAUGCCUCAUUCUAGAUUUUUCGAUAAGCUCAAGGCUUUGAGCUAAGCCUAAGCUUCUGAAAUUUCAGAUUUAUUUUUCUCUAGUCCUUUUUUGGUAAGUUUUUGUUGUAAAAUGUAUAUUCAGCAUGUUUUAUUUUUUUUUGGUUUUAGUGCUUUUUUUUGCAAAAACCCAGCUGAAUUUUGAGCCCAAGUAGGGUUGGAAAAACAGUGUAUUUGCGUACACGGAUACACGCGCAGCCAAAUACACGAAUACACGGAUACACGAAUACACGAAUACACGAAUACACUGUACACGAAUACACGGUUUUCUUCUCUUCUCAAGCAAUUCAGAAAAAAGCGUGUAUUCGUGUAUUCGUGUAUUCGUGUACCGUGUAUCGAGCGCGUGUAUUCGUGUAUUUUUUUCCAACCCUAAGCCCAAGUCUAAACUCAGCUCCAUUUUUCCAGGGUUGCCCAUAUUUCCGAACAUACGCGAAUCGUGUUGGCUGCCGUCCAGUCACUUUUGAAGAAGCCGAAGAGAAUCAAAUCGAAAUCAGCGAAAACGGAAAAUUGGUUCGAACGCCCAAAAGAUCGAGGAGAUUUUUGUACACCGUGACUGGAGUUGUGCUAUUUUCCGCGUUUUGUGUUGUUGGCAUUUUGGCCACGAUUUUUUAUCAAAUGAGUAAAAUGGUGGGUUUUUUUGGGUCUCUAUAAUUAUAAGUCUAAGCCUAAGGAUCUUGCUAAGCCUGACCUUAGUCAUCAUUAUUUUAAAUUGAUUUUUCCCAGGAUGAUCAUGGCCGAUUUGAAAUUGUCGACGAGCAGACCAAAAAAUUUGAAGAGGCUCAAAAAGAGGAGCAAAAAGCACUGCUGACCAGACAGAAUACCAGAGCACAAUCCGAAUUGGUCAGUUUUUUCGGGGUCUAAAUUCACCCAAAAAUAUGAAAUUGUUAGGUCCUGAAUACUGUACCGCUUCAACAACUUGGCGGAAGACACAAAUCCUUCAGAGGAACUAUUGAGGAUAGUGAUGAUUAG